CCGGCGGUCCUAAGCGCAGUUCAAUUUACGAUCUAGAUCGAUCAAGUCGAUAAGGUACUCCGCCUUUGGCCCUACACAGCAGCACGGUCAACUUGAGGAUAGGCGGAAUUAUGAAGGAUUUAAAUUCACCAACGCAGAGCCAGCCCUUCGGCUGUCCCAAUAUUGGAGAAGAGCAGAUCAGCCAGACCGAUAAAGUCCACAACACCAGGAAUGCGCGGAAUGUGCAAAAUCUAAUAGCCCAACUUGAAGCCUACCGUAGAAUAAGGAACGACUAUUUCAACAACAAUGGAUACAGCGCCGAAGACGCUUACUCAUCCACCAAUGAAUGCUCCACCGACAAUAGAUACGGCGACGGCUACAGCUAUUCCAGGAACUACGGACACGGCACCGCCGCCGACGCCUAUUUCCCCAACAACGGAUACAAUAACAGCUACGCCCAUUCCACGAACAAGAGAUCAGUGAAAAUAGCCGCUCAAAAGACCUACCUGCCCCUCAUAGACAGCAGCAUAGUGAGCAUGGUGCCGCCGCCGUGCUUUAUAAAGGGCACUGGGAAAUUCGCGAUUCCGAACAUCGCUAAAAAGAACGCUGGAGUCACUCAAUUCGGAAAAACAGCUGUACGCCGUUUGAACACUAAAAGGACGGCUACUGUGCCUUGUUCAAGGCCGGCGGAAGAGAAAUUUGACAUCAUGUUCUACGUCAAUAACGAUCACUACUACGAAAAAUUUGUCAGCAAAGAAAAGGUGACCAUGUUCAGCGCAUUAGCGCGGUCGCGUUGCUUGAAAAGUAUAAUGAGGAACUACUUCCAAUAUGACUCAAGCUCACCUUCUUCGUGCACCAGCUCGGAGCAAGAGGCAUCCGUUAAAGUUGAGGAGCAGCGCGUCUCUCCGAGCGAGAAAUCGGAAGAGGCAUCCGUGGAAGUCGAGGAAGAAACGGACACCGGCUCCGAAGGUUUGCGAGAGUCGAGCGACGCGGAGCCCGUCUCCGUAGAGCUCAAAACUAAGGCUAUUUCAGAUCUUAUGAAAAAUGCCAAGGAUGCAUUCGAAUUAUUGCCGGCCAAUCUCUGCUUAUUCUACCGCACAGACCCGAUCGCUAAAAUCAAGCAGUACCUCGACAGCCAAUGGAAGUUCAACAUUUGCUGCGACUGCUGCCAGGAGAGGCCCAUCCACAUUGCUGUCAAGUACCGGUCCGAACUUCUCAGUAUUUUGUCAAGCAAAGCCGAAAUCGAUCUGCCGAACAAAUUUGGUGAGACCGCUCUGCACCUCGCUUGUGAAAUGGGCAACACGAGUAUGGUGAUUUAUCUACUCCAUGCCGGCGCGAACCCGCUCAAGAAGAAUGCCAAAGGAGAGACGUGUCUGUUCGUGUGCCAGAGAAAAGCCGACGUCAAGAUGGCAAAAAUAAUCCUUCAAACGAUAAAGAGCGACUCGAUCGAGAACUUCCCCGAGGACCACAUGAUGAUAGCCGCGGGCGACGGAUCCACGGAUUUCGUGGAGUUGUACCUAAAAUUUAAAGCGAACGUCAACUACGUGGAUGAAGAUGGAAACUCGGCCAUCUCCCUCGCAGUCAAGCUGGGCUACCAGGACCUCUUGGUCUUCCUCCUCAAGCAAAAGGUCAACCUCGAGCAGACCUACACGAAUGAAGGCAACAGCUUGCUGCAUCUCGCAUGCCGGCACGAUCGGGAGUUCAGCGUGGAAAAGCUCCUCUUCGCUGGAGCGUCGGUUCGCGCAGUAAACCGCUUUGCCGAAACUCCACUGCACGUGGCUGCGCAGUACUCCUCGAUUUACAUCAUCCAGAAGCUACUGACAUUCAAGUCGGACAUCGAUGCCGAGGACUCCUGUAAGCGUACGCCUCUGCAUCAGGCCAUAAUCCUGGAAAAGGUGGACGCUAUCAAGUACCUUCUCAAUCAGGGAGCCAGCAUUCAAGCAGUCGUCGCGCCGCUCAUGAAGGCGAUUAAGAACAAACAGUAUGACAUCAUAAAGCUGCUCAUCAAAUAUGACCUACACAUGAACCAGGAGAAACUGCUCAGCCUGACUCUCUCUGGAGACGAGAUUGAACAUCAGAAUAACGACCUUGAAAAAUUGUGGUCCGAAGUGAAGUCGAUUCGUAAUUUGUAAGAAGAUUCGCGCGAUUUGUUUAUUACUAUUAUUGUUUUUUAAAUAAUUGAUAUUUAAUGAUAUUGCGACCAAAAUACUGCCUUUGUAUGUCGUGAUGUUUCGAUAAUAAGAAAGUAAUGUCCAAGCUGCUAGUAGGCGAGCUCUUAAUGAAUGUGGUAAUUUCAGGAUAUCAUCGCAGAUAUCCUGCGUUUUAGAGACUUAUGAAAAACAUUAGCGAUAAAUGUUUAAGAAUGCAAAUUGAUUUUAAGAAUUUUAUGAUGAAUGAUGUAGGAUUACACUAGACUGAAUAUUUUACUUGUAAGAAUGUACAAGCGUAACUUUGUUGUAAGUCCGAUAAUUUGAAUAGCGUGCUUUUUUGUAAAUAUAUAAUGUGUGUAACUUUUAACGUAUGUAAUAACGCUAUGUAAAUGUAAACGAUAUGUAUCUUUGAGCAUUUGAAAAAAUCUCAUGAAAAAAUCAUCAUAAUAAAUUAAAAUGCUACAACACGAAAAAAA